GACACAGAUACAAAUUCAAACCUCCAUAGCGACGUAUACAAUAUGGCGUCCGAAGAGGAAAGAGUAUCACCAAGUCAGGAUUCAAAUCGCACUACACUUUUAGAUGUGAUAGAAGAAAGAAAUAGACAUUUAAAUAAGAAAUAUCUUAUUCAUCGCCUUGUGUAUAUUUCCAAGCUAAGCUCACCAGGUGUUGACAGAACUGCAUUAGGAACUUACUAUGAUACAUUUAUCAAGAAACUUCAAACAGAUUUCCCUGGUAGUGAAGCAAUCACAGGUCUUAUGCUGAUCUACCCAAAACAUGUGGUCCAUGUCGUAGAGACUUCUUCAGACUUAAUUCUCAAGCUAAUUGAAGAUCUCCACAGACUUGAAAAAGAGACAGAGUCAUUGGUAUCAAAGUCAAAGAUUUUAGUCAUCUCACAUGAUAUCAACACUCGUUUGUAUCACUUCUGGUCCUUCAGGACGCUGGACAUUGUAGAGCAUGGAAUCGAAUCGUUUGACACAAAGGAGACAUUUGAAAAUCUGAUCGUUGAGCUUUUGAUACAGCUUCUCAAACUAGGCGCCUACUUACACAAACAGCCCAAGCUUAACUUGAAGAAUGCCAUGGAUUCUUUGCAUGAAAAGGUGUCUGAUCUGCUUCCUCAGCAAUCUGUGGUCCACUAUUUGUUAGAGGAAAAUGACAGCAGUAUGAUGACUCCACUUGAGUUUAUUGAUCUGUACAGAAAGCCAUUUGAUACUUAUCUAGAGAGUGAUAUGGUGUGGCCUAUACCAACAAGAUUAUUUCCAUACAACUAGUUCAAUGAGUAUGGCACUAACAUUGUACCACAAACAUACUGGCUGCAAAAAGAAAUUGUCAGGAACCUUUUUUUUUUUGUACCCACA